AUGCGAAACGAAAAUGUGCUGAUGCAAAAUUGUGAAAUGCUGGGCACCGUAGGCAACAAAUUGGCAGAAAUUUUAAAAAACCUAGAAAAUAUUUUAGCCCAUUUGGACCCACUAAACAAUUAUGAAGCCAAAGAAGAUUCAAUUUUCUCCAAUUUGAAUGACCAACAGAACGAAAUUAUUAUUUUGUCCAACGUGAUAUAUGAUAACAUUAACAAGCUUACAUCUAUGCUUCACGAUUUUAUUAAAACUAUUCCCCCUUCGUACACAUACCACACGACUUUCCACGCAAACAGCUUCGUUAUCGUGAGAGAAAAUAGAAAGGAGAAAAAAAGGCAAGAUGCGAGAAUGCCCUUGGAUAAUGCGCAGAAGGGUGUCACGUCACACGGGGGAACAGCGCCGGUUGACGUAGAGGUUACACAACAGGAAUAUGGAAUAGUGCAAGACACGCAAUCGGAAAUUAAAAAAAACAAAGACACUCAUUCAAAUGAUCAACGAGGUAAAGAGCUAACCAGUUAUUCUCCUCCCUCUGGUCACAUCAAAUUCAUGGACAGAAGGAAGUUCAAACCGCUGCAGUUAUACAAGAAAAAAACGGUUGAAGAAUUAUUUUAUUUUUCUCAAACAGUCGAUUUAGAGUAUGCUAAUUUGUUAUACAUGCAAAGGUAUGAACAGGAACUUCAAAAAUAUUUAAUUAAGUCGAGGUAA